GCAUGACACUUGCAGAUCCAUCCAUAAAAAUACAUCAUCGCUGCUCAUACCAUCACAGAACCACUGGAAGAUUUGUCGCUGCUCUCCCUCUUCUACAAGAAGUAUCCAGUAUUGACGGAGGUCGCUCACCCAUCACCCACAGGGAGGCAUUGUGCUCAGUCUACUAUUCAUGAGCCAGAGGCAUUCACCGGCUUGACUUGUUUGAUGCUCGUCCGUCCUCGUUUGUCGAUAUAUCAAUGCGCACAGUAUCUUGCCAUCUCUCGCGCCCCAAAAAGACCUCAAAUUCGUAAGUUUUACCUCCAGCCAACAUCCUCUACUGCGACGAAUCAUCCUACCAUGGACAAACCACCCACCAUGGUAUCCGACGACAAAGCAAAUAUCCCCAAGUUCCUCUUGGCCAUGGAGUCCAUCUAUGGGCCUUUACCGAAAACGACAGACCAGAAUCUCUCCAAAUGGGUACCUCCUCCGGCCGCCGAGGGCCAUCGAGGCCGCUAUCUCUGGACGGACGGGUUCGCCGUCGUCAACUUCCUGACGCUGUAUCAGCUCACCGAGGAGGAGCGCUACCUCACCUUCGCCCAGAAUCUCAUCGCCACCGUCCACAACAUCUUGGGUUACACGCGGAACGGCAAAUCCCGCCUGCCUGGCGCAACAGACCAGCACCCCCUCAACGGCGGCCUUCGGAUCGGGAAACACGACGAAUCUGGGCCCGAUGGCGAUGGCCAGUACUUCCACUACCUCACGGUGUGGAUGUUCGCCCUCAACCGCAUGAGCUUGGUGAGUGGGAACAGAUGGUACAACGACCAAGCCAUCUCCAUGGCAAAGGCGAUCCUCCCUCACUUCAUGUCCAACACCGAGUCACACCGGCCGCGCAUGUUCUGGAAACUCAGCAUGGACCUCUCGCGGCCCCUCGUCAUGUCCGAGGGUAACCUCGACCCGGUCGACGGCUACGUCACGUACAAGCUCCUCCAAUCCACGAAUCCCGACGACCCGGAGGUCCUGGGCGAAGAGGUCUCGCUCUUCAAGAGGAUUGUCGACAAGAAGCUUCGGGACUACGCCUCGGCGGACACAUUGGACCUGGGCAUGACGCUGUGGACGGCGCACUGGUUCACGCCCGAGGAGGAGUGGGCGAACAACCUGACCUCCCGCGCGAUUGGCUGCGUCAAACAGCUGCUGGAGAACGAUUACUUUGACCAGCCGGUCGGCCGACGCCUGGCGUUCCGCGAAUUCGGGACUGCGCUCGGUGUCAAGGCCGCGCUCUCCAGCGGCACCGACGAGGACGGACUGUGCCGCGAGGACGAACUGGUCGACGCCGAGAUCCGCGCGCUCCCCGACCUGAUUUGCAGGGCGUGGGAAGAAGCAGGGCUGGUGCCCGUGCCGACGAAGAAGAUGCAGGGCCGCAUGGCCGAGCUGAUGCCCAUCACGGCGGUCAUGUACGCAACCGCACUGAUUCCCGGGUUGAUGUGUAAACAGUCAUGAUCUUGAGCUUGACGAGCGGCGAUGGGUUCUGGGGAGCCUGGAUGUUUAGGGUAAUACUAAUACAGUUGUCACCGAUAGACACUCUUCUUUAUUCACAUCCAACUAGCGACUAUUCUCAAAACAAGGGGGUCCAUAAAACCAGAAAAUGGCCGAGUACCGAGACAGCCGUGGGACACCGCAGGCACCCCCACUUCCUCCCCCCCCCCCCC